GAAAAAUGUCCAGGCCCAUACCCAAGCCAAAUGAAACCUUCAGCAGUGUUUAUGAUAGAGACAACGAGAUUCUCUCUGCUAGAUACUUGAACAGCAGUGGAUACAGAAUUCCCCCAGCCGUUGAGCCCUCACCCCAGGUUAACACAGAUAACAGUUUCAACAACUUCAACAACAACAACUUCAGCAACAACUUUAACAACAACUUCAUCAGCUUCAAUAGUAGCAUAGCAAACAACAGACCAAAGAAACACUCAAUGCUUUCACAGAGUUUCAAGAACUCUUCGUUGCUAAUGUCUGCUUCUCCUGAAUCCGACGACACAAUCACAAAUCAAAACACUUUCGCAAACAGCAAUUUUCCAUACAGUGAUAAUCCUACAAAUAAUAAAAACAAUGCUGAUAACGAGAAUACCAAUAGAAAUAACAGUAAUACUCACAUAAUCAAAAAUAAUAUAAUAAACGAAGAGAUUCCAGAGGUUUCAUCUAUACCUGUCUCUGCUUCUUUAUCCACCCGUCAUAAUCUUAAUAGUUUUACCAACUUUGAUUCAAAUGUAUCCAACAUUUCUGUAAAUAUCCAAAAUCCCAACCAAUCUGUUAUUGAUAUCGUUAGUCAGCAUUUGGUCAACGAUAGCUCAUCUGUUUUGAAUGAAGAUAACUCGCAAUUUAAUUCUUUGAGUCUACAAGGUGGAGACAUGACAAGAGACUUGUACAAUUGGAAUAAUAAACAACAGCAACAAAAAAGAAACAGAAGAGCAUCCUCGUUCAGUGAAUCAAUUUCUGCAUCCAAUUACAAUGGUGAUGGUUCCAGCAUAAACAUCACUGCAAGUGAUAUGAAAGUUAUUGGUGGUUUUAGAAGAGAUCAUUUAGCUCAAAAACACCAACAAAGUAUUGAUAAUGGUGAUUUCAGUCAUACUAGCUUUAAUGACAAUAGUAACAGUAACAUUAAUAACAGUAAUAAUAUCAACAAUAAUGCCGAUAAUAAUAAUAACAAUAACAAUAACAUAUUUAGAAAUGUUGGUAACACCGCCAAACCACCAUUCUUUACAAAAAAUUUCAUUGAAUACUUAGUUUUGUUAGAACAUUUUGCUGGUGAAGAGCUAUCUGACGAGGAAGAAGAGAUUUUGAAAUUUCAACAGAACAUUCAAAGUGAAAAUUUGAUUUUUCCAAAUGAAACGUUUCCAUUGUUACGUAAUGAAGCACAUAAAAGGAUCUCCACAUCGCCUUCUAACAUUUCAACAUUUAAAUCGGUUCUACUUCUUUUAAAGGCAUUUGUUGGAACUGGUAUUGUAUUUUUGCCCAAGGGGUUUUUAAAUGGUGGAUUGCUAUUCAGUAUAUUUAUCUUGUGUUUUUUAGGAAUUUUGUCUUAUUGGUGUUUUCUUCUAUUAAUAUGUGUCAAAGUUAAAACUGAUUCAGAAAGUUUUGGAGAAAUUGGGUUUAAAUUAUAUGGAUCAUACUUUAAAAGAUUGAUUUCGUUUUGUUUGAUUUUAUCGCAAAUUGGAUUUUCAAGUGCUUACAUUGUAUUUGUUGCUCAAAAUUACAAAGCAUUUUUCAAACAAUAUUUUGAAUUAGAAUACUCAAUUGCAAUUCUUAUACUUUUUCAACUACUCUUUUUAAUGCCUGUAUCAUUAAUAAGAAAAAUCUCCAAAUUAACAAUUUUAGUUGUAAUAUCUGAAAUUUUUAUUUUAAUUGGGAUAGUUUAUAUUUAUGUUUAUUCAUUUUCUAAAUUGGUUUCGGACUACGAACCAGAUUAUGAGCUAUUUAAUCCUCAAAGCUGGACUAUCUUUAUUGGAACAGCCAUUUUCACAUACGAAGGAGUGGGAUUAUUGAUUCCAAUUCAAGAAUCAAUGAAAAAACCAAAAGAAUUUCCAAAGGCUCUUGGAAUUGUAUUUAUAAUCAUUUCAUUGAUUUUUGUAUCUAUUGGAGCAUUUUGUUAUAUGGCAUUUGGAUCAAAUACUGAGACAAUUAUUUUUUUAAAUUUACCCAAGGAAUCUAAUAGUUCAAAAUUUAUUAUUUUCAUUUAUCCUCUAGCGAUAUUAUUGUCAACUCCAUUGCAAUUGUUUCCUGCAAUUAGAAUUUUAGAAACAAGUUUUUUCUCUAGUAAAUAUAGCGGGAAAUAUGACAACUCAAUCAAGUGGAAGAAAAAUAUCUUUAGAGUGAUUUUUACAAUUUUGGUUGCUUUAAUUUCAUUAAUUGGUAACAAUGAUUUAGAUAAAUUUGUUUCAUUGAUUGGAUCUUUUACAUGCAUUCCAUUAAUUUAUAUUUUCCCACCAUUGUUACAUUAUAAAUCAUUUCAAAACCUGGAUGAAUCAGAUGAAGAUCCCUCAGUUUUCAAUCAUUAUAUCACAAGAUAUUUAAGUUUGUUUAUUUGCGUGUUUGGUGUUAUAAUAAUGUUAUAUAGUUCAUUCAGCACAUUAUUUUGCUGAAAUCAAAAGUCAUAUGAAAUUUUGUAGAAAAUGGUUAUAUUGAUUUACGUUUAAUGGUAUUUAGGUUUUUAAACAAAAA